AUGACAUUCUCACCACCAUUUUUAAGGGUUUCACAUGGUAUGUGUGCCAUUGUUUUGAUUGCCUUUUUGUCACAAUUAGUUUCUGUGAAUGCUGAUCUAGAGGAACAUUUGCUCAAUGCACUGAAUCCUAAAGAAUUGCAAGUCAAGAGGUCUCACUUCCCUAGAGAUUUUGCGUUUGGAGUCUCCACUUCUGCUGCACAAAUAGAAGGCUCAACAAAAGAAGGAGGAAGAGGACCAAGUGUUUGGGACCACUUCAUUGAGAAAAAUCCAGAAAUAAUAUAUGACCACUCUAACUUGUUCACAGCCAUCGAUUCGUAUAAACGAUACAAGGAAGAUGUGAAGGCUGUGAAAGACCUCGGAGUCGAUUCGUACAGAUUCUCCAUCUCCUGGACUAGGAUUCUUCCUAACGGAACCUUGAGUGGAGGAAUAAACCAAGAGGGUAUUGAUUACUACAAUAACCUGAUUGAUGAAGUAAUCAAAAAUGGCCUCACACCCUAUGUGACCAUAUACCAUUUUGAUGCACCACAAGCCUUGGAGGACAAGUAUGGAGGCUUCUUGAAUCGCUCAAUUGUGAACGAUUUCAAGGACUAUUGUGAAAUUUGUUUUAAAACAUUUGGAGAUAGGGUCAAGAAUUGGAUUACAAUCAAUGAACCGUAUAUUAUUGCCGUAAUGGGGUAUGAUAGCGGGGUUUCUCCACCAGGGAGGUGUUCUGUACCAUCCUUAUUUCCAUGUACAAGUGGGAAUUCUUCUACUGAGCCUUACAUUGUGACCCAUAACCUUCUUCUUGCCCAUGCCACAGCGGUUAGGCUCUACAGAGAAAAGUUUCAAGAAAAGCAAGGUGGACAAAUUGGAAUUAGUCUUGUAGGGCAAUAUGCUGAGCCUUAUUCAGAAUCACUCCUAGACAGAGCAGCAGCAAUAAGAGUUUUGGACUUUCAACUUGGAUGGUACAUGGAACCAUUGGUGUCGGGCCAAUAUCCGAGGAGUAUGAGAGUUUUGGUCAAGGAAAGGCUACCCAAAUUCAACAAGGAAGAGAAGAAACUGAUCAAUGGAUCCUUUGAUUUUAUUGGGAUCAAUUAUUAUACCGCAAGGUAUGCUAAACACGACCCAAUAAGUCCAAACAAGGCAAUGUGCUACCGCAAUGAUGCUUUGGCUUUGUCAUUGGUUGAAAAUAUAGAUGGAGAUCAAAUUGGUCCUCCGGCUAAAGGAAGCUUCAUGAUCUAUAGUUAUCCACAAGGUUUGGAGAAACUUUUGGUGUUCAUGAAGCAAAACUACCAGAACCCUAAGAUUUACAUUUCCGAAAACGGAAUCAGUGAGGUGGAGGAAGAGGAGAAUGGGCUUGAUGGAGCACUAAGGGAUCCUCAUAGAAUUCAAAGUGUUCUUAGGCAUUUAUUCUGGAUCAACAAGGCAAUGGAGAAGGGUGUGAAUGUAAAGGGGUAUUUUUGUUGGACCCCAUUUGAUAAUUUUGAAUGGGGGAUGGGCUAUACGCAAAAGUUCGGGCUUUAUUACGUCGACCACAAAGACAAUCUUAAGCGCAUUCCCAAACAGUCUGCUAAGUGGCUCCCUAUAUUCCUAAAUGGUCAAGAUGAACUUCAGCUUAGACACGAAUUGCCAAAUAUCUUGAGCACCAUCUUAUUAUGA